AUGGUCAUAUAUGAGGCAGGCCCCUCUGCUCCUGGCUCUUUGUUGGCAAUUGACUCGAAUGCCGCUCAGUCGAACGGCUAUCGAUACGGUUCGAAGACUACAGACGAGGAGAAGAUCCGGAUGACUGCUCGUACCUGGCUUAUGAACUGCCACAUUGUCAGAUUACGCUGUACCGCCCAGGCAGGCAUGAAGGGCGAAGACUACAUGACUCUUUCCGAUUGUCGGGGUGAUCUCGAAAAGAUGGUCAAACUGACGAAAGCUAAUCUCAAUGCUUUAAUCUGCGGAAUGAUAUUGGAGCAUUUCCCACAGAAGUUCCACCAGGCGCUUGAAUUUGCGUCCUUUGGCGGCAUCAACGAUUUAUGGAUAGAUGCCCUUUGUAUCAUGCAAGACGACAAAAUUGACUGGUCAAAGGGAAGCCCCAUUCAUGGGUUUCUAUAUGCCAAAACGCCUUCUGCAACCUCAGUGCCGCCGACUCCGAUGGUCGGGAAGGCAGCUUGUAUGCCUAUCGAGAUCCCCCGCUCGUUGCACCUCUCUGCAUCUCACUGA